AGGUGGAGGGUAGGAGACUGGGAGGGAGAGGAUUGUGCCAGGUCCGAAGGUCGGUGGAGGGAAGAGAGAAUGACUCGGCCGGUGGGGCCUCUCCACGACCCGGACCCUAACGGCGCCCGAGCCCCACCACAGCUCCGGCCGCCAGGGAGGCCGACAGCCCCGGGGGAAGUUGGCCUAGUGUGUAAGAGUUCGAAGCCUGGCACCUUCAUGAUUGACUAUGAGAAGAAUUGUUUCAGUAAGGAUGGUUCCUGCUUCCAGUACAUCUCCGGGAGUAUCCACUACUUCCGAGUCCCUCCCAUCUACUGGAAAGAUCGACUGCGGAAAAUGUACAUGGCAGGACUCAACGCUAUCCAGAUGUAUGUGGCUUGGAAUUACCAUGAAAUGACACCAGGCGUGUUCAACUUCACAGAGUCCAGGGACAUUGAAAGUUUUAUCCGCCUUGCCCAGGAAACAGGCUUGCUUGUCAUUCUGCGCCCUGGGCCAUACAUCUGUGCAGAGUGGGACCUGGGUGGCCUCCCAGCCUGGCUCCUGCAAGAUCCAGCCAUCAGUUUACGGUCAUCUGAUGAAAAAUACCUGGCAGCCGUGGAUCGAUGGUUUGGUGUUCUUCUGCCGAAGGUGAAGCCAUUUCUGUACCAGAACGGGGGGCCCAUCAUCAGUGUGCAGGUGGAGAACGAAUAUGGCAGUUACUUCACCUGUGAUUAUGACUACCUGAGGCACCUCCGCAACAUUAUCCGGACUCUCCUGGGCUCUGAUAUCCUCCUCUUCACCACUGACGGCAACCGGCCUGCUGAGCUCAGGUGUGGCACGCUGCAGGGCUUGUAUGCCACUAUUGACUUCGGCACCAAUGAAGAUGUUACCACUUCCUUUGAAGUCCAGAGACAGUUUGAACCAAGUGGACCAUUGGUGAAUUCGGAGUUUUACGUCGGGUGGCUGGACUACUGGGGAGUGGAACAUUCCGUUGUUCCCACUGCCAAUGCCACCAGGAUGCUGCGUCAACUGCUGGGACUUGGAGCCAACGUCAACAUGUACAUGUUUGAAGGGGGCACCAACUUUGGAUUCUGGAACGGGGCCGACUACAACAUCAGGUACCGGUCUAUCACCACCAGCUAUGACUACGACGCCCCCCUCUCUGAGGCUGGAGACCCCCGCGAGAAGCUACAUGCCAUUCGGGCUGUGAUCAGUGAGUUCCGGGAUGUCCCUGUGGGGCCGAUUCCCCCUCCCACCCCGAAGAUCGCCUAUGGCCAACUGGCCUUAACAAAGGUGGGAUCGGUACUGGAGCUGUUGUCCGUUCUGUCCCCCCGUGGAGCCACCAACUCCACCUACCCUCUUACCUUCGAGGAGAUGGGGCAGUACUUUGGACUGAUGUUGUACCGCACCCUGCUGCCAAGAGCUGUGGAGAAGCCCGCGCCGCUGAAGGCGCCGUUGAAUGCAGUGCAUGACCGAGCCUACGUCCUGCUCAGUGGGGUUUACCAGGGCCUGCUGGAGCGGGACACGGCGCUAGAGUUGGACAUCAUGGGAAGUGAAGGAGAUGUGCUGGACAUCAUGGUUGAGAACAUGGGCCGUGUCAACUUUGGGCCCUGUCUGCUGGACCGCAAGGGUCUGGUCAGGAACCUUUCACUGGCCAACACCGAUCUCACCGGCUGGUCCAUCUUUCCCUUGGCAAUCGAUGACGCCAUCGCUGCAGGCUGGAUUCACUCUGCUGCGGAAGUGGCUCCAGGCGAGACCCUGGCCCCGCUCCCGAGCUCACCUUCGCCUCAGGGUCCCACCUUCUUCUCCGGGACCUUCUCUUCCCCAAAUCCUCUGGACACCUACAUUAGGUUGGAGCACUGGAACAAGGGCCUGGUCUGGAUCAAUGGCUUUAAUGUGGGACGGUACUGGACCACGCGAGGACCCCAGCAGACGCUCUUUGUACCCAAGAGCUGCCUCAGCGAACACUCCCCAAAUAACGUGAUGGUGCUGGAGUUGGAGCAACUGCCUGCAAAGCCAAUGGUGGAAUUCCUGGAUCACAGUAUCCUGCUGCCACGGACCUAGGGAGAGGGGACAGCCCUUGCACCUAGCAGCUUUUAUCUGUACGGAGGGCCAAUCUCUGCAUCUCUGAGCAAAUACACGUGCUUGCAGUGUGAUUACAGGGGAAACAAUGAAAUUAUAAUCGAGCAAUGUAUGGUCCCUUUAGGGGCAGCGUGCAGCUUUAUCAUAGAGCAGAGCAGCUCAGCUUGGCAGCAUCAGUGCAGUCGCUAAUCGUGUACCUGGCAGGGACAGCCGGUUGUGCAGUCAGGGAGAUUACAGAGCAGAGUGUGACGGGAGCAGCCUUCUGUGAGAGACCUUGGCCACGGGGUGGGAGGGGAAACAGAGUGGAGGGGGCAGUCUCCCACAGCAGAAGAGGUUCUUGUGGGUCCAGCCAGUAACGAGAAUGGAGCCACUGUCCCCUGCUGAUCUGCAGGGCUAUUCCUGUAUGGUCUCGCGGGCUG